AUGUCCUGCUACGACCUGUGCUCCAUGGGUGGCUGCGUCCUCCGGCCCCAGCCCCUGGCUGACAGCGGGAACGAGCCGUGCGUCCGCCAGUGCCCCGACUCCACCACCGUGAUCCAGCCUCCCGCCGUGGUGGUCACCUUCCCCGGGCCCAUCCUCAGCUCCUUCCCGCAGGAUUCCGUGGUGGGAUCUGCUGGAGCUCCCGUCCUUGCAGCCUCCGGGGCCUCCCUGGGCAGUGGAGGCUACGGGUCCCUGGGCUAUGGGGGUUACGGAUCCCUGGGCUAUGGGGGUUACGGAUCCCUGGGCUAUGGGGGCCUGUGGGGCUAUGGGGGCUCCUCCCUGGGCUAUGGGGGUCUGGGCUCCUGUGGGGGCUCCUCCCUGGGUUACCGGGGUCUGUAUGGUUUUGGGAGAUCCUUUGGCUCCUGCGGCCCUUGGUCCUCCCGCUUCGGCCGCUACCGCCGCGGCAGCUGCGGCUCCUGCUAA